UGUUUAAUGAAUGUGAUAGUAUAUGUUUUCCACUUUAAUUAAAUGAGGGUUUUUAUUAAUGUUUAAAUGAAGUUUAAAAAAAUAAACUUUCUUUGCUUUUUUAAUGAUGCCUACCAAAUGUGAAAAGUCUGUAUCUGAUUGUGAGAAUAAAUAAAUUAAAGUUAAAAAGAAUUAGAAAAUGUUCUAGGAAUGUCUAGAAAACCUGACACAUUGAGAAUUCAAAGAACCAAACGUCGUAAUGUUUAGAAAACAUUGUACUGAUUAAAUUUUUUUAUAGAAGUAUAGGCUACUAGGUAACUUGGGUGCUACUAAUAUAAACAUAUAUAAACUAUUUUAAAAUAUUUUCAAAUCCAUCACAAUUGCACUCAAAAACAUAGAAUAAAUGCAUUUGCUGUGGUCAGAUGACAGUAUUGGAAUGUCUUUAUAUGAUUUAUUUUAGUUUUUUAGCUAAAUCUAACUCAUAUUUGUGGUUUGCUCUAAAUAUAUUGUUUCUCUCCUUCUACUGUCUCGGACUUUGGGCCCACAUUGCCAUUUUGGAUCACGGAUUUGUGGAACCUGUCAUCUCGUCCACUGGUAUGAAUUGCAAUGACCGCUGAUGCAGCAGAUUCAGAAGCCAGGCAGAAUCAGAGUCAGAACCAGCAGCCCAAAUCACCCAGAGAGCUUCCCCCACACAGCACACCACACGUGCCUUCUGCAGGAGCACAAACCAACCCAGCCACACAACACCAGCAGAGUGUAGAAGCGGACUACACCUCCCAGAAGUCUCUGAACAGCAGGCUCUCCAGUACCCCUCUAGGCAGCACCCACAAGCUGAAGAACAUGCAGUGCAGGAUCACCCUGUUAGACGGCUCCGACUACACCUGCACAGUGGAGCAGAAGAAAGUCAAAGGCCAGGUCCUGUUUGAUAAAGUGUGUGACCACCUCAAUCUUCUUGAGAAGGAUUACUUCGGCCUCACGUACCGCGAUGCAGAAAACCAGAAGAACUGGUUGGAUCCUGCUAAGGAGCUGAAGAAGCAAAUCAGAAAUGGCCCCUGGAACUUUGGCUUCAAUGUGAAGUUUUAUCCUCCUGAUCCAGCACAGCUCUCUGAGGAUAUCACCAGGUACUACCUGUGUCUGCAGCUAAGGGAUGACGUAGUGUCUGGCCGGUUGCCAUGCUCCUUUGCCACUCACUCUCUCCUGGGCUCCUACAUCGCUCAGUCUGAGGUGGGAGACUACGACCCGGAGGAGCUGGGCAGCGAUUACGUCAGCGACCUCCGUUUCGCCCCCAACCAGACCAAAGAACUGGAGGAGAAGGUCAUGGACCUGCAUCGCAACUACAAAGGAAUGACUCCUGCUGAGGCUGAGAUGCUGUUUCUGGAAAAUGCUAAGAAGCUCUCCAUGUAUGGAGUAGAUCUGCAUCAUGCCAAGUUGGUAGGGAGGCUGUUUGAGUGCUUAGCAGCAGCUAAGGAAGAGGACUCGGAGGGUGUGGAGAUUAUGUUAGGAGUGUGUGCCAGUGGCCUCCUGAUCUACAGAGACCGCCUGCGAAUCAAUCGCUUCGCCUGGCCUAAAAUCCUCAAAAUCUCCUACAAGAGGAACAACUUCUACAUCAAGAUCCGCCCUGGAGAGCUUGAGCAGUUUGACAGCACAAUCGGUUUCAAACUCCCCAAUCACAAAGCAGCGAAGAGACUGUGGAAGGUUUGUGUAGAACACCACGCCUUCUUCAGGUUGGUGUCUCCUGAAGCUCCUCCUAAGAGGUUUUUGUCUCUGGGCUCCAAGUUCCGUUACAGCGGCCGCACACAGGCACAGACCCGCCGGGCCAGCACCCAGAUCUCCCGCCCCGCCCCACAGUUCCAGCGCUCCUCCAGCAAACGACACACUACCUCUCGCAGUCUGGACGGAGCACCAGCCAUGGCCAACAAUGAUACCGCGAUGAAGGACUCUAAACCUGUAGCUGCUGGUACUCUUAUCACCACAGUAACUCCAGAGAGAAAGGCUGAGGAAGAGAAAGCUGCAGAAGAGGAAACGACCGCUGCUGCUCCCGCUGUAGAAACAUCGGAACCUGCAGCUCCCACUCCUGUCGUCAAGCGCUCCCCCUGUCUGGGGUCCGAGCUUUCCCUCCCUUCCUCGCCGGUCUCCUCCACUAAGGUCCGUCGGAGGCGUCGGGGCAGCGAGCGCAAGCGGGCGUCCUCCGUGAGCCCGGUCAAAACCGCAGCAGGGCUCCAGCAGGAACAGCAGCGUCAGGCUAGGGCAGACCGCGCCGCCGCCCUGCUGGAGGAGCGAGCUCUCCUCCUCUCCGCCCGCAAACAACGACUGGACCAGAACCACCGUGCGAGAGGAGGAACGCUCUUCUCCUUCUCCCUGCACCUACCGGACAUGUCCUCACUGCUGGACGACGACGGAUACCUGAGCUUCCCCGACCUGUCCGAGAUCAACUUCCUGCCCGAGAGCUUCCAGCACUUCCUGCCCAUCAAAUCUCCGUCGCUUGUGCCCUGCUUCCUCUUCAUCUUCUUUUUCCUCCUCUCCACCUCCUUCUCCGUGCCCUACGCCCUCACGCUCUCCUUUCCUCUGGCGCUCUGUCUCUGCUACCUGGAGCCCAAAGCAGCGUCGCUCAGCGCCUCGCUCACACACACCUUCCAGGACAGCUCGGAUGAUGAUGAUGAUGAUGAGACAGACAGCGAGCAGACAGACUUUGGUUGUGAUGAAGAGUCAACAGCCACUGAGUCGGAGGCAGAGGAGUCGGAAGAGAUGAAGCAGGGGACUGACGCCAUGGAGGAUCAUCUCAAGAGGCAGACGAAUAUCAAUGAGUUGAAGAAGGUGUUUUUGGAGACCAGUCCCAAGCACUCAGUAGGAGAUGAAUGGGGGAAGCGACUGUCCUCUUCCCCUGCUCGUCCUCUGAGAUGGGAUGACACGCCCAUGAUAGAACCUCUCAUAUCUUUACCAGAAACUGCAGAAGAUGCCAAACCAGAAGCUCCUCAAGACACUUCAGAAGAAAAGCCUGAAGUUCUGGACGCUGGCUCGACUGAGAGUUUAGGUGACCAGUGCAAAGGAACAGCAGUUAUCCAGGAAAAGGAUGUAGAGAAAAAUGUCAAGGAGCAACCAUCAUGUGAAGCUAAGGAGGGCAAGUUACCUUCUUAUGAGACUCAUGAUGACAAGUCACCUCUAUACAAGGCUCAGGAGGACAAGUCACCUCCAUAUGAGACUCAAGAGAACAAGUUACGUUCAUGUGAGGCUCAGAAGGAAGUGUCACCCUCUUGCAAGAAAUCUGAGAUGAAGUUAAGUCCUUUUGAGACUGAGCAGGACAAAGUACAUCCUUACGAGUCUCAGGAAGACAAGUUACCUUCAAAUGAGGCUCAGGAUGAGAGAUCAACAUCUUCUGAGACGGACAGUUUACCUUUGAAUGAGGCUCAGGAGGACAACUCACUUCCACUUGAGUCUCAGGAGGACAAGUUACAUCUACACAAGGCUCAGGAGGUAGAGUUACCUCAAAUCGAGGCUCAGGAGAGGAAGUCACCUCCAAUUGAGGCUCAGGAGGACAAGUCUCCUCUACAUGAGGCUCAGGAGGACAAGUUGCCUCUACAUAAGGCUCAGGAGGGCCAGUCACCUUCAAUGGAGGCUCAGGAGAUCAAGUCACCUUCAAUGGAGGCUCAGGAGAUCAAGUCACCUUCAAUGGAGGCUCAGGAGAGCAAGUCACCUCUACUUGAAGCUCAGGAGGACAAGGUACCUCUAAUUGAGGCUCAGGAGGACAACUUACUUUCAGUUGAUGCUCAGGAGGACAAGUCACCUCUACACAAGGCUCAGGAGGUCAAGUCACCUCUACACAAGGCUCAGGAGGUCAAGUCACCUCAAAUUGAGACUCAGAAGAGCAAGUCACCUCCAAUUGAGGCUCAUGAGAGCAAGUCUCCUCCAAUUGAGGCUCAGGAGGACAAGUUGCCUCUACAUGAGGCUCAGGAGGUGAGGUCAUCUUCUUUUGAGGUUAAGAAAGUCCAGUCAGCUGAUAUUGAUGUUCAAGACAAAUUAUCAUCCGCCACUAAAAAUACACAGACACCUGAAACCCCAGAGAAAUAUGGAAGUACUGUUGAGAAGGUUGCAUCACCGGCUUCUCUCUGCUCAGCACCCACUAAUGGGCUUGAAGAAGCAAAUGAUGAAAUCCAGUUCCCAGGAUUGUACAUUUGUUCCACUGCAGAGCAGCAUGUUGUACCCCCUUGCAAGGAAGUCAACAUUGUUGAGCAAGAUCCAGAAGUUAAAUACAGUGUUUCAUACAAAACUAAAGCAAAAUUAGACAAUGCUGCAGAGUUUGGAAACGUCAAACAAGAAGAGGUGCAAGAGGAACUGGGAGAGCAGGCCACAUCAUCUGGAAACCUGCCUUCCAUGCCAGAAGAACUAAGAUACCAAGACACAUCAUCUGGAAACCUGCCUUCAGAAUUGGGCAGUGGGGCUGCUACAGAUUUGACACAGACAGAGGAAUGCAGAGACCAAGAGAGUGAUGAAAACACUGCAAUGGCAACCUCUUCUGGAGAUGCUCGGACGUACAUGCCAGAAGUGGCUUCUGCACAGGAGACACUUGGGUUUGCUGAUGAUGUUGCUCCAGGGGCAAUUGCUCAGUCACUAACUGAGGAGAAUGGGUUUCCCAUUCCCAUUGCCCAGCCCCUUAUUAAAAAGGAAGAAGACGUAGAAGAAGGGACAUCUUCAGAGACUAAAGGCACAGUGAACGAUCCCCAAAGUACUGUGCAGAUGAAGGCCAUGCUGGCACUUGAAGACAUGGGCACACUGGAACCCACUGCUGCCCAGCUAUUUGAUCAAGUAGAAGAUGAUCAGGUUCCAAAGGAAGUGAAAGACAAGACAAACCACUUGAAAGAAGAUGCCAAUGAAAAUGUAGAAUCUUUUCUUGAUGAAAGUGAAUGCUUGGAUCAGGAAUAUGAGAGGGCAUUGACUCCCACUGUUGAAGAAAAACAAGUCUUGAGUCCUGAGAUCAGUAAGGAGAACCAGAACCAGGAGGAAGACAAGGAACAGUUGUCAAGUUCUGGAAGUUCUACCCCUACCAGGAGGUCAAGCUGUGAAGAUGCAGAAAGUUUAGAGCAGGAAAUUAUGAUUGAUUGCAGCUCAACUGAGCUAGAACAGGCAAUUUUGGAUACACAAGAUGUUCAUCAGUCACAGUUGGCAUAUUGCACCACUCAACUGCCAUUUGUGUCAGCCAAUGAGGAAGUUCAGAUGGAAUUUACACAAGAACACUUAUCACCAGAUUCCCAAAUUCUUGAGGACAACCCAACAAGUAUUGUAUCCGCCAUACCUUCAGAGCUACAUGCCUUUGGAGGUAUGGCGGUUCCGAUGGCCUGUAAAGAAGAACUGAAUGAAGACAGUGAUGAUGAUGAUGAUUCAGAAUUUGGAUUGAAAGUUGAGGACCGAGUAAAGGAGGUUCCACAGGAUGUGCAGAACACCAACCAAGGAACGAACAUGGCUAGUGCCACUGCCAUACCUCUGCUGGAGCAGUCUGAAGAGCCGGUGCAGACCACAGUGAUGACCACAGAGGUGCCUGUAGUUCAUACCGAGACCAAGACCAUCACAUAUGAAUCUGCUGAGGUUGAUGCCAACGGCGACACAGACCCUGGAGUUCUGAUGAGUGCACAGACCAUCACCUCUGAGAACAACAGCACCACCACCACCACACACAUCACAAAGACGGUGAAAGGAGGCAUCUCAGAGACGCGGAUUGAGAAGAGGAUUGUGAUCUCAGGAGAUGCAAACAUCGAUCAUGAUCAGGCUCUGGCUCAGGCUAUAAAAGAGGCUAAAGAGCAGCACCCAGACAUGUCGGUCACCAAAGUAGUGGUUCAUAAAGAGUCGGAGAUCUCACCUGCCGAGGGUGGCCAGUGACUCAGGAAUAAGGGCUAAUCUUGACCGAGGACAGUGCCAUUUCUCCAUGCACUCCAGCCUCCUGGACCUACGAGACGUGACUUUUUGACCUCAGCCAACUUCACUUCCGAUAACGCAGUGGAUCACACCACUCCCACUCUCACUGAGACUGAGGAGAUCCACUCCUUACGCACAUCAGCUCGGUACAUGACGAGGACUCAGCUCUGCUUUUUCUUUAACGGAAUGAUGAAAGUUCACGACUCGCAGCAAUAAUAUCCAGAUACCAGGAGGCCAUCAGCUCCUCCAGCAGCUCCAAACACCAGAACACGAUUCCUGAUUCCUUCAACUGCCUUAAUCAGAAAGUUUUUAAAUCAUUAAGUGUUUAAUUUAUGCAACUCUGAUUUAUUUAUAGUCCAGCACUCCACAUGUAGAAAGCGUGGACUGCUUAUGAAAGGAUAUUUGAAUAUGUAUGAGAUGUUGAUGAUGAAAUGAGGUUUAUGCAAAACAGCAGACAUAAAACCACCAUGCCAGCGUGAGCGUGCAUCGCAGGGCUGCAAACCCACCCCCCACCCCUCCCUUUCCUUCAGUAUUCCAGGACUUUCAACCAGUGAAAGAUGCUGUUCCAACAGAUUUGCUCACGUUGAAGUUAAGCUAAGUCCAGAUCUCCUGUGAUUUGUUUUUAAUUAUUUUUAAUGGAGAUCUGAAAUUAGCGGAUUUAUCUGUAUGUGAAAAAAAACAACCCAAAGCUUAAAUAUACUGAGUUUAAGUCUUGUGUAUAUACAGUACGUAUGCUUGUUAGCUAAAUUUACAUUGCGUCUCUUGAUGGAAAUGUUUGUACCUUCACCAUAAAAAUGAUUGAUUGAUUGUU